AUGGCCUCCCUCGCAACCGCCCUCGAGGCGCUAUCGGCACACUCCCCGGCUCAGUGGUGCCAGAUAUUCUUCGGCCUGUCAUCCGCCGCCGUACUGGCGAUCCAGGCAAUUCCCAAGGCUGCUCAGCAUGCCAUCCUCGACUACGGUGCUCGCUCGCCCGCCGGGGCCGACGGCGAGAUGAAGGGAGGCGGACGCAAGGCUGCGAACCGGUUCGACGAGUUUGUCAAAGCGGUCGCCUCCGUGGGACAGAUCCCGCACGCCUGGUUCAUGCACUUCUACGUGGCAUCGAUCGUCGGCUCGGCGUUCUGGGCGUUCGAGUACGUCCGAGACGGACCGGCUUACAGAUUCAUCGCGUCUCGGCAGGCGCAGUCGGGAGGCCCUGCGAUGAGCCUCGAGCAGACGGUGCUCGUAUGGACACUCAUGCUGCUCCAAGGAUCGAGGAGGCUCUAUGAGUGCCUUUUCGUCAUGAAGCCGGGGUCUUCCAGAAUGUGGUUUGUUCAUUGGCUGCUUGGCCUAGGGUUCUACAUCUCUUCCCUCAUAUCAACAUCCGGACCCAAAUUUGGCAGCCUCCUGACGCCUACCUCAGUCAUUGGAAUCGCCAUGUACCUCUAUGGCUGGACGAACCAGCAUUGGUGCCACAAGCACUUGGCCGGCCUGAAGAAGUAUUCGCUCCCAGAUCAAGGCCUAUUUCGUUACCUUGUCUGCCCCCAUUACACCUGCGAGUGCGUGCUGUACCUCGGUCUUGCCAUACUAGCCGCACCAAGAGGGCAAUGGAUCAACCGCACGAUUCUGUGCGCUUUCUGGUUCAUCGUCGCAAAUCUAGGCACCACCGCCGACGGAACGAAACAGUGGUACGCGCAAAAGUUCGGUGCUGAGAAGCCAGUAUCACUUCUUUCCGAACAAGCCAAACUUGGCUCCGAGUUUCGAUACUUGCAUUACAUCGCGGUACGUGAGGCUCGUUCUGGUCGCACGGACGUUUCGGCCGUCGACGAAAGCGUCCUUGGAUCGCAAAAGGUCCCAAUUCACGAUGGUCUCGGAGGACAACUCGACAUCCUCAUCGGUAUCGGCAAUGCCGUGAAGGUAAUCGGUGUAGAGGCUGUCGGUGGUGAUGAGAAGGCUUCUGGGUUCUUGCAGAAUGCGCCAUACAGGCUCCGGAUCCAGCGCUCCGCCCUCUUUGGUUUGAUAGAGAUUCAGACACAAGCUCGCUCCCAAGCUGACAGUGCACACGACUGGAUGAUAGGCAGCCCCGUCCUGUAA